AUGUCCUUCUCCAACCCUCGAAGGACCCCGGUGACUCGCCCGGACUCAGGUCCCGGCAAUGGUUUAACCGUUAAGACGAACCUAACCCUACGGAAGGGAGCAACCUUCCAUUCUCCUGUCACUCCUCCGACUAGUCCACCUACUGCUGCUCCAUUCAGAGUACCCUCGCUACCUCGACGCUCUCAGACCAGUCUUGAUGAUGUUGUCGAUGCUCAUGUUCGUCGUGCUGCCUUAAAUAUUGGCAAAUUCGAGGUGACCCUGUCGGCUAUCAAGGCCGAACCGUUAUCUCCUAUAAGUCCCUUCUCGGACGACUGUCUUCCUAUCCCCAGAGGUUUCCUGGACAAUACCUUAGUAGGAGACACAAUGUCCGAGGAACCGACUGUUUUCGAGCCGGAGCGAAGGACUUUACGUCCUCGCAGCCGUCGCUCUUCUCAUCACCACGAAUCUGAUAGUGGGUUGGGAACAUCUAUUGCGUCGACAAAUCAGAAACGAAAGGAGGCCAAGUCUUCUGGUACCGGCGCUUCAGCUAUCACAAGGUCGGCCACAGCGUCUAAGUAUCAAAAUACUCAACGUCUUAGCUCGCGUGCUAGGAACCGCAUCUCUGAGCAUAUCCUGAAACCGUUAUUGGGUGAACCUUCACUCAAGGAGUUUCAUCCCAUUGUCCUUGACUGUCCCAGAAGGAUCCAGGAGGACCAGAUCGUUUGUCUUAGGGACCUCGAGAAGACACUUAUCUUUAUGGCACCAGUGAGUCAACUAAUGAAAGACCCUAGCGUAUGUGGAGUUACUUAUCGUUGGUUGUGCUUGAAGGGGACUGCAAAGUCUGUUGAACUAUAUCGCGACUUCUGCCUCACUUCGAUCCGAUGCAUCCAAGCUACCGUCGAAUACCUUAGCGACCGAGAACAAACCCGGCCUCACGAUCGACCUUACAACAGCGGUUACUUUAUCGAUCUUGUGGAACAAAUUCGCCAACACGCGCAACAGAUGCAAGAGGCUCGCAAAAGACAGGACGCUGGAGAGGAGCUAGACGAGAUGGAUGUUGACCCGUAUGAUGCCCGCCAUGACCCUAAUGGUCGCACAUAUGCUAACCUGACGGACAGAACUGAUGAGGUAAAACUUGUUGGUGGUCUUACAACCAACGGCCGACCAGCGGAGUUAGUCCGCGUAAAGAAGAAUGGCAAGGCUAUCUCUAUGGCUACCGGAAUGCCUGUUGAGGACCUGGAAGAAGAAGUAAAAGGCCCAAUCCGGUUUAAGCGUUCAAUGAGCGAACAGGCCGAGGAUGAAGAAGAAAUCAUGCGAUCCAUGGCUCGCCGAAAGAAGAAUGCCUCGCCAGAGGAGCUCGCUCCUAAAAAGUGUGCCCACCCGGGUUGCAGUAAGGAAUUCAAGCGACCUUGUGAUCUAACAAAGCAUGAAAAGACGCAUUCUCGUCCUUGGAAGUGUCCCAUUCCUACCUGCAAAUACCACGAUUAUGGCUGGCCUACUGAGAAGGAGAUGGAUCGACAUGUUAACGAUAAACAUUCGUCAGCUCCUCCCAUGUUCGAGUGCCAUUUCAAGCCGUGCCCAUAUAAAUCCAAACGUGAAUCCAAUUGCAAACAGCAUAUGGAGAAAGCGCACGGCUGGACAUACGUUAGGACCAAGACCAACGGUCAGAAGAAAUCAAGCAAAGCUAGCAGUUCUGCCCAACCUACACCUCUGAUUAAGAGCUUGCCCACCCCGAGCAGCGAGCAAACCGACCUCGUGAUGACACCACCUGAUGAUUCUCUAUUUGGUCACUACAAUAAUGACCAUGAAUUCCCGACCUACCCGUCAGAUCAGGAGUUCAAUGCCAGCUUAUAUGAACACCAACCGUUUGACGGCGAUAUCCAACUGGAAUAUUCCCCAGUUGACAAUAACACGCCUUCUAGUGCCGACUCUGACCAGUUCAACACUUUCGAAGACCUGAGUCCCGAGUUCACUGGUCAAUUCGAAGAUAUCUACGGUGCUCAUGUACAAAUGCCUACACCGACACACUCGGUUUACAACAAAGACAUCAGUGCUUUUGCAAACUUCGCAGUGGAUGCCUGCCAACAGUUUUCCAUGCCACAACUCUCAACCCUCGGCCAGGGUAAUCAACUCAUGUUGACACCGCCGACUAUGGUGGACGAGGGCUUUGAAGACUUCCAGCCUUGUCACAACCAAUUUGGCCAGGAUUUCGCCCUAUUUCCUCCCAGCACGAUGGAUAAGUCGAGUGAUUUUACUCUUUUUGGAACUAUCCCACCUAGUCUUGCUGCUGGUUAUAGUCAACCAUCUUCUCAAGAUUUUAACAUUGAAUAUUCAUCUAUGGAUUGGACAGCAUCAGACUUUCAAGGCUUUCCGUCCAACUAG